AGGAGAAGAGUGCCGCCGCCGCCGCCACUGGGCACAGCAGGAAGGAACAAGCUCACAUGCCUCCUCCUUGUUUCAUCUUCUCGGAAAGGUUUGUCUAUUGUUUCGCUCCGCUGGGAUCCGUGUCAUCAAAGCUCAAGAAAACAUUGUGAUCGUGUCAUAUCGCCGUCCGCAAGGGCAUCCACUUCCAGUGCUACGAGAAAUAAUGAUAAAUAUCUAUGGGCUCUGAUGAUCUCUGAGCGAGGAACACAAGACCUCGUUUGUCAAAUAAAUUGAUUGCCAAUUAGAAACAAUAAUAAUAAAAAAAAAAACCUCUUUAAGCCUUGGACAAGACGGAUCCAAUUUUCAAUAAAAAAGAGAGAGACAUAUAUCAAAGUCAUUAAAAAAAGGGUAAAGUUUACAAUUCUUUACCAGCUAACGCUGACCUCGUGAUUACGUCUUAGAAGAUUUUAUUCGGCAUAAAACCCAAGUGAAUUGACCACCAAUGUCCCAUCACUUGAAGCUUACCCACUUCGGCCUACUCACAUCCCACGUUCUACACUGAAAUAUUAGAAAACACGUGGAGUCGUAGAAGUUGGGACAUCAUCUUUGAGGCCUUCAAAGGACUUCCAUGGUCCAGACAUCCUUUAGAACAGACGCUGAAUGGAGGUCAAAGCCUCCUACUGACCAACAUCUGGAGGUCUCAACGUCCUUUCGUUACUUCUUCUCCGGUUAUCUCCAGUUUCUUACGAUUUAGUUGACAACGCUUAUUUCAGGCAAGAUGAUGAUGAAUGAGAUUCCAGACUUGGCUUCGCCCUCCUCCCUUGGGGUUGUUACCGCCACCUGUGUGUCUAAAGUGGAGCUUCGCGUGUGCUGCAAGAACUUGCUCGACAGGGACACGCUCAACAAGUCCGACCCAUGCGUUCUACUCCUCAUGCAGUCUCAGGGCCAGUGGAUGGAGGUGGACCGGACAGAAGUCAUCAAAAGCAAUCUGAAUCCGGUCUUCUCCAAGGUCUUCACCGUGGAUUACUACUUUGAGGAGGUGCAGAAGCUGCGGUUUGAGGUGUACGACAUCCAUGGACAUUGCAGUAUUGGAUCGAGGGAUGACGACUUCCUGGGUGGUGUGGAGAUGACUCUGGGACAGAUUGUCGCACAGAAGAGAAUUACCAAAGGAUUGUUCCUGAAAUACGGAAAAUACGCCGGAAAAUCCACCAUCACGAUCUUCCCCCAGGUCAUUUCUGAGGAGAUCUCCGGAAAUAACGGAUAUGUGGAGUUGUCUUUCUGCGCACGGAAACUGGAUGACAAGGAUUUAUUUAGCAAAUCAGAUCCUUUCCUGGAAAUCUACAGAAUUAAUGAUGACCAGAGUGAGCAGCUGGUGUACAGAACGGAGGUCAUUAAAAAUAACUUGAACCCGGUAUGGGAGCCGUUCAAGGUGUCGCUGAGUUCUCUGUGCUGCUGCGAGGAGAAGAGGAAGCUCAGGUGCCUAGUCUGGGAUUAUGACUCCCGCGGAAAACAUGAUUUUAUUGGAGAGUUUUACGCAACCUUUGAAGAGAUGCAGAAGGCAAUCGGUGGGAACAAGGUGCAAUGGGAUUGUAUGAAUCCGAAAUACAAAAUAAAGAAGAGGAACUACAAGAACUCUGGUUUAGUUAUAUUGUCCGACAUGAAGAUUCACAGAGUUUACUCCUUCCUGGAUUACAUCAUGGGCGGCUGUCAGAUCCACUUUACAGUGGCCAUAGACUUCACAGCCUCCAAUGGGGACCCUCGAAAUAGCUGCUCUCUCCAUUAUAUUAACCCCUACCAGCCCAACGAAUACCUGAAAGCAUUAGUUGCUGUAGGGGAAAUCUGCCAAGACUACGACAGCGAUAAGAGAUUUUCUGCUUUGGGAUUUGGCGCACGUAUUCCUCCAAAAUACGAGGUGUCACAUGAUUUUGCAAUCAACUUUAACCCCGAUGACGAUGAAUGUGAAGAGAUUCAGGGAAUAGUAGAAUCCUACCAGAACUGCCUCCCUAAAAUCCAGCUGUAUGGACCCACCAAUGUGGCACCCAUCAUAUCCCGGGUAGCACGGUUGGCGGCCGAGGAGGAAAGGACCAAAGAGGCUUCGAAAUAUUACAUCCUUCUCAUUCUCACGGAUGGAGUGGUGACAGACAUGGCGGACACACGGGAGGCCAUUGUGCGGGCGUCCUACCUGCCCAUGUCCAUUAUCAUUGUGGGCGUAGGAAACGCAGAUUUUACCGACAUGCAGAUUCUGGAUGGAGAUGACGGCAUCUUGCGAGCGCCCAAAGGGGAGCCCGUCCUCCGAGAUAUUGUGCAGUUUGUUCCAUUCCGGGAGUUCAAAAAUGCGUCUCCGGCUGCCCUGGCCAAAUGCGUUUUGGCUGAAGUGCCCAAACAAGUGGUAGAAUAUUACAGCUACAAAGUCUUUCCCCCGCGUUGUCCAAAAGUAGAAUCCCCGGACUCUGCUCUCAACUCUCCUCAGUGAGCUCCUCUACAAGUUCUACAUUCCCUACCCGUCGUCCUUGGAUAGAGCAGAAGGCCUACAGACCACAACAUUCCGACUAUCGCCCAUCAAUACCAUCUCAUGUACACAGUUUUAUCAGCCAAUCAGACAACUGCAAUCACCAUUCACCACGAAUCAUUUCAGCAUGGGCCAAUGAGCAUUAACUGGCUGCUGUGACACUGAUUGGCUUGUUUACACCAAUGAUUCAUGCAGCCUACAGAGAACAAAAUGGCGUCCACCAUUACACACAUUCUACGUUGUUUAGAUAAUCUUCAUUCUAAAGGUUCUGCUGAGUUUUUCACGGUCCUGUUGCUCGAUUUUUGACAUCUCAUGCCAAUGAGUCCCUGAAUGAAAUCACAGCUCAUCUAAAUGUUUUAUAUGGAACUGGAAAUUCCAAUGUGCAGUUUCCGUAAGUGCCGGCAUGGGGACAAUCUGAGAGUGCUGACUACCUGCAUCAACGAUUCUCCUAACAUUAAUACUUGGUGGAAUCACUGGAUAAGAGGUCAAGCCUAACCCCAAAACUUGGUGGCAUCACUAGAUAAGAGGUCAAGCCUAACCCCAAAACUUGGUGGCAUCACUGGAUAAGAGGUCAAGCCUAACCCCAAACUUGGUGGCAUCACUGGAUAAGAGGUCAAGCAGAUUUUCCUAACCCCAAUACUUGGUGGCAUCACUGGAUAAGAGGUCAAGCAGAUUGUCCUAACCCUAAUACUUGGUGGCAUCACUGGAUAAGGGGUCAAGCAGAUUGGCCUAACC